UCAAGUAACGCUAGCGAACGUCAAGUGCACCGCAUCAGUCCUUUAAGACUGGAAACAUAGUACAACAGUCUGAAUCGCCCGACCAAAAACGAGCAAUAAUGUCUCAUAAGACAAAGAGACGGAACAAAAAGAAGAUAAAUACUUUUACACCAGUCAUAGAGAUGUUUGUCUGGAAGGCGAAUGGACUUAACAUCAUUUACAAGUAACAAAAAGAAAGAAAGAAGAGCAUCUCCGUCCAGGAUGAGGCUGCUGGCGUUGCUGUGCCUCGUCGUCGGGCUGUGGGAGUCGAGCCUGAGCAACAGGAACUGCCCGGAGCUGAUGAUGGAGAGCUGUCACUGCUCGGCGGACAGGACCAAGGAGCUGAGCAGGCAGCACGUCCGGGGAGUCAAAGUGGGCUGUGAGGACGUGGACCUGGUGGACACGCUGCAGCCCAGCUUCCUACCCAACAGAACCGUGUCCCUAAACCUGAGUAACAACAAGAUCUCCCUGCUGAGGAACGGCUCCUUCUAUGGCUUGGCUGCCCUGGAGAAACUGGACCUGAAGAAUAAUUUGAUAAGUACAGUGGAGCCCGGAGCCUUCCGUGGUCUGCUGGCUCUGAGGACAUUAAACCUGUCUAACAACAGGAUCGGCUGUCUCUUGCCUGAAAUGUUCCUCGAUCUGGGCAGCCUCUCAAAACUGAAUUUAUCCGGGAACAUCUUCUCCACCCUGAGUGUGGGACUCUUUGCACACCUCGUGGCGCUCAGAGUGCUGCACUUGGGCACCGAGACUUUGUUCUGCGACUGUCAGGUGAAGUGGCUGCUCCUCUGGGCCCGAAGCAACUCGGUGAGGAUUGGCAACGACACGGUGUGUGUGUUCCCCACACACCUCCACGGGCUGGAGUUCCGCAACCUCCGCGAGCAGCAGCUCGGAUGCGAUGGACCUCUGGAGAUGCCCCUCUUCCAGCUCAUCCCCUCCCAGAGGCAGCUGGUGUUCCAGGGAGACCGCCUGCCCCUGCAGUGCACCGCCUCCCGCCUGGACCCCUCGGUGGAGCUGCGCUGGCGUCACAAUGGCCGCGUGGUGACCACGCAGGAGGAGUGGGGCGUCUACGUGGAGGAGACCCUGCUUCACGACUGCUGCCUGCUCACCAGUGAGGUCAUCCUCUCCAACAUCGACGUGGGCAUCGCUGGCAUCUGGGAGUGCCUGGUGACCAGUUCCCGUGGCAACGCUUCUCAGCAAAUGGAAAUAGUUGUUCUGGAGACGUCAGCACCCUACUGCCCCCCGGAAAGGGUCACCAACAACAAAGGGGACUUCAGGUGGCCAAAGACCUUAGCCGGCAUCCUUACAUUCCUGCCCUGCUCUCCCGCCGCCUUUGGCUCCGCCCCCCGCCCGUCCGGCGCCGCCCACCGCCCCUCCGGCCAGAAGGCGAAGAAGGCGUGGCGGAGCUGCGACCGCGCUGGCCGCUGGACCGAGGAGGACUACACUCAGUGCCCGUACGCCAGCCCGCUGACCCGCGUGCUGCAUGAGCUCACACAGAUCCCAGUGAACACCACCAACGCUCAGCCUCUCGGCCAGCAGUUGGUGGCCUUCACCAGCAGGGCGGCGCACUUCACCGAUGUCAUGGACGUCAUCUUUGUCGUGCACCUGGUGGAGAGGCUGACCAGGCUGGUGGAGCAACGCAGAGACCUGGGGGACUACGUGUCAGACGUAGCCAGCAACAUGAUGCAGGUGGAGGAGCACAUCCUGUGGAUGGCGCAGAACAAGGCCAGAGCGUGCACUCGCAUCGUGCAGUGCGUGGAGCGCGUUGCGAACCUGGCGCUGAGUGGAGACAAUCAGGUCAUUUCCAAGGUAUCGGCGAACAUCGCUCUCGAGGCCUUUCUGAUCCGGCCGUCCAACUUCCUCGGCCUGUCCUGCACGGCUCUUCAGCGCCCCCCCCCCUCAUCGGCCACCUCGCCCCCCGCCGACAGCCGCAAGGACACCAGACGAGAGCGCGACGCCCCGGAGGAAUCGUUGCUCAUCUUCAAAUGCCACACCGUCAACGGCAGCGGCUCACCCGCCAGCCAGCUCAGCGAGAACUCCGUGGCAGUCGCCUCAAUCCAUUUACCGCUGGCUGGUACGCCUGUUUCCUCCUCUGCGUUGCAAUCCGUUGAUAACUCCACUUGCAGGCUGCAGUUUAUCGUGUUUCGCAAUGGGAAACUCUUCCCUUGCACGGGGAAUUCGUCCAAUCUCGCCGACGAUGGGAAGCGCAGGAGCGUUUCGACACCAGUUGCUUUCACCAAAUUAGAUGGGUGCAGCCUCGGGAGCGCCGUGCACUCCGUUACCAUCGCUCUCAGGCACUUCGCACUGGGUGUAGACCCCACCGCCGCCUACUGGGAUUUUGACCUGCUGGAUGGACACGGUGGCUGGAGGGCAGAGGGCUGCCACAUAACGGGCUCCGGGGGCAACACGACCACCAUUCAUUGCACCCACCACAAUAACUUUGCCGUGCUAAUGGAUCUGAAGAAGGUGCUGUCUUUCCCCCCGUACCCUGGGGAGUUUCUGCACCCGGUCGUGUAUGCCUGCACGGCGGUCAUGUUACUCUGCCUCUUCGCCUCCAUCAUCACGUACAUAGUGCACCACAGCGCAAUCCGCAUCAGUCGGAAGGGAUGGCAUAUGCUUCUCAACUUCUGUUUCCACACGGCUCUGACCUUUGCUGUGUUUGCCGGCGGCAUCAAUCGAAUCAAAUACCCCAUCAUCUGUCAAGCAGUCGGGGUGGUGCUGCACUACUCGUCCCUGUCGACCAUGCUGUGGCUCGGGGUGACGGCCAGGAACAUUUACAAACAGGUGACCAAGAAGCCUCCGCAGAGCCAAGAUGGUGACCCGCCUGCGCCCCCUAAACAGCUCCUGUUGCGAUUUUAUUUAGUCAGCGGUGGCGUGCCCCUCAUCAUCUGCGGGGUCACGGCGGCCGUCAAUAUCGACAACUACGGCAGCGGGGAGCAAGCGCCGUACUGCUGGAUGGCGUGGGAGCCCAGCCUCGGAGCCUUCUUUGGCCCCGGGGCCUUCAUCGUCCUGGUGACGUGCGUCUACUUCGUCUGCGCGUCCGUCCAGCUGCGCCGCCACCCCGAAAAGAAGUACGAGCUCAAGCGCCUGUCGGAGGAGCAGCAGAGGCUGGCCGCCGUCGACGCGCCGACGCACUGCCACCAAGGGGCCGAGCCCGGUGCCCCGGCGGCCCCGGCGGGCGGGGGCCACUGCCCCGCCGGCUGCCCCGGCGUCCCCAUCAACCCUGCGCUUCUGGCCAAUGAGCACUCCUUCAAGGCUCAGCUGCGGUCGGCGGCCUUCACCCUCUUCCUGUUCCUGGCCACCUGGACCUUCGGGGCGCUGGCCGUGUCGCAGGGCCACUUCCUGGACAUGAUCUUCAGCUGCCUUUACGGUGCCUUCUCCGUCACCCUCGGCCUCUUCAUCCUCAUCCACCACUGCGCCAAGCGCGACGACGUCUGGCACUACUGGUGUUCCUGUUGUCCCGGGCGGCACGCCGACGCCUGCUCCGGCGCGCACGGGCCCGCCCAAGCCCGGCCGAAGGUCAACGCGAACGGGGACACCAGCGGGCACGGCCACGCCCGCGGCCACUGCCACCACGACUCCCCGUGUCAGGGCAAAGCGGCGAUGAGCUGCGGUCACGGCGGUUUAAGUCACUGCAAGCGCGCCGCCCUGCCGUCCUCGCAAAACCACGCGGCGUGUCUGGCGCCGGCGGCGCCGUGCUGCGCCGCCCUGCACAGCCAGCAGCUGAUGGAGGAGGAGCCGGCGGCCACGCACGUACUGCUGCACGCCGACCCGGAGGGGUACCGGCCGGGCAUACAGCUGCACCCGUGCCUGAAGGGCAGCACCAGGACUAAAGGCCGCCACUUCAGCCGGCGGGCCGGCGCCUGCGGGGCGGCGAGCGAGAGGGAGUACGCCUAUCACAUCCCCUCCAGCGUGGACGGAGGCAGCGUGCACAGCUCACACACUGACAGCCCCCACAGCACGCAUGAGCGCCACGCCCACAUCUGUCCACAUCUGGUCCACGAGGGGCACCACGACGGGCAUCACACAUGCAACGCCGCAGCCUCCAGCGCGCACGAGGCCCUGGCGUGCCACAACCCGUGCCACCGGCACGUCUGCUGCGCCAAACCGGACCUUUUCCCCUCGCUGUGCCCGGCCGAGGCCGGAGACACGGGCAUCUUCCUGUGUGGCUGCGGCAAGGUGGCCGAGCAGGAGCCGCUGGCGACGCAUCACCACCUGGAGAUGCACGCCCCGCGUAGACAAUCCUGCCCCCAGAACCCGCCCAAUCAGAACGGGAUUCUUAAGGGGGGCCUGCAUGAAGGACUGCUGUACACUUCGGACAGCACGGGGAAUAUACGCACUGGACCCUGGAAGAAUGAAACUACUGUGUAGUGUUGGAGACCGGGGAGAUGGGCAGACCCCUGUUUUAAACCCACCCCCACCCCCACCCCCCCAAAAAAAUGAAACCCUCGCCUCCCUUUCUAGAAUUAAAAAAAAAAGGAAAAAAUUGAACAACAUUUUAAACAUAAUCAGCGUGGGAUGUUUUCAUUUUAAUGUCCUCAUGUUUUUAUGUGUGCUGUUUUACUGUACAGAAAUACAAUCUCAAGUAAAUGCUCCUUCAGGGGCAACCAUACAGAGAAUCUAUGAAAUGUAUGUCACACCAAACCAUCAUAAUUGAGGGUAUUUCCAGUGUUCCAUAUUACUACAGAUCUCUCUCUCUCUCUACCUAUAUAUAUAAAUAUAUAUAUAUAUAUAUAUACACACUAAAACGAAUGGAUGUAUGUAUGAAUAUGUGUGUUAGUGCUCAAAGGAAACACGCUGCAAGAUAUUUUCUACUCUUUGAAUCAAACCCAUCAAAUAGCCCACAUCAAACCUCCAGUACUUUAAAGAACUCUUGACAUCCAUGUAUUAGACAACUCAACCAGCAAUUGUAGACUUUGUGGAUAUUUCUGCCAUCCAGUCGAGCAACUCUCUAUUAGAUUGUCUAAACACUAUUUAGAAAGAUACUGUGGCUUUCCUGAGCUGUGUGGAUGCCCGAUAAGUAAACAGCAACAGAAGAAGAAGAAAAAAAGUGAAAUUAAGCAUCCUUCGUUCAGGUUGGUAUCGAUCGUGCUGUCUGUAUGAUGUCUUUACUGUUGUGUUUCUUUUUUUCUGGAGAGGAGUAAAUAACAGCAGCUUCAACAGCAACAGCUUUGGCCAUCGUGAACACAGAGUCGAUGUCUUUGAGGCUUUGGAUCCAGUACAUUUUUAUUAACGCUGUGUCACUAGCAGACGCUAGUGUGCGGGUUUUUAUUUUUUUUAUUUCUUUCAGCUCAGCUCAGCUCGCACAUACUAUCAGCCACCAGCAUACGGUUCUUUGUAAAAUCAACACUCAAAAUGUUUUAGGGAGAAAAAAAAAAAAAGAGUGAAUGUGAUGGAAGAUACUACGAGGCGCUUUGGUAACGCUGCCUGUGACCAGCGAAGGUCUGGGUAUUAAUAAAAAUAACCCUCUGAUGCUGCAUCUUGCCGUAUUUAGUUUUUUUGUCACGCUCUGACGGAUUGAGCCGAGUUCCUAACAGACGUUGCAGUUACGUUUCCCACAAAAAGGACGGCUCCACAUCUUAGCAUCAGUGCCUGAAUCAAACCAAUGCCAUUAUUUUACAUGGUUUCAGUUGUCUGCGUGGCUCCGUUUGCUCAGCCAACAGGAAACUCCAAUGGUCCAGAAAUUGUAAACGAAGUGACGUGGUGGACGUGUUUGCUUAUUAUUGUUGGUCCUCCACAGUGGCCUCUACGCUUGAAUUGUAUCGGGACACGAAUCCUGGGUCUAGUUUUCAAACGACAGAUAUGAAGGCAAAUUUAUUAUUAUUCAAUUUAAGGUUUGGUAAAAACCAAAUGAAUCAAGUUCACUAGUUCACCAGUUCAUCAGUUCAUCAGUUCACUGAAACGGUACAAAGCAAACGUUCUCCAACCAAUAAAACAUAAACAACUCUGUUGUCCUAAAGAAGAUCAUUUGUGUUUGAAGCAGCCAAUUUCUGCUUUUUUUUAACCAAGAACGUCACAUCUUCGUGGAAGAAUUGCCACUUAAAAGACAAUGUAAGCUUUGUAUUGUUUUGGAAGCACUGUUUGUUUAUGAAUGAUGAUAUUGAGUAUGAUUCUCCAGACAAAACCAUUCAUUCAUCUCAUCAGAAAAACAAUCUGAAAAAAACAGCCCCUAUAAUCUCACAGCAAACCCUGCUCUGGCGAAACCACUUUAGCAUGCUUCAUCCUUCAUGUGCACUCUUAUCUGUGUAUAUAGAAUCAGUUUUUGAUGAAUUAUUUUAUAUGAGAUUUAAGAUAUUUAAGAAUUAAAUAAGUCUAUAUGUAAAGAAAGUUGUAUGGGGAAUAAAAAAAACUGACCUCUUGAUGUUAUUACUCAGUAUCUGAGUUUAGAAAUGUCUUUUUUUUUGUUUUCUAAUGCUUUUUUUCUGUUGCAAUUUUAGUUGAUAAAGUAUGCAGACUUGCCAUGUGUUGUGAGUUUAUCCUGUCAUAUCAGAACUAGAAAAUGCACUACCUAUAACAAUGUUUGACCUGCCAGGAUAGAAUGUGUCAAUCGCAGUAUGUUCAUUAUGGAAACGUUUCGCCACAAAGAAAUGUUUCAAUUAAAAAAAGUGACAGGAGACAAGAGAAAUAAUAAUGUGAUACCUUUAUUUGGAUGGCAGGCUUUGAAUAGUGAAUGGGGGCCCUCCAUCAGAGAUGAUGCAUGACUCAUAGCUUUGCACAGUUUUCUCCGGGGUCUGGGACAAAAUGGGGUGAUAUGCAGCCAACUUUUAGUUAUUAAACCGUGGCCUGCAGUAGAUCACAGGAUACGGGUCCUUUGGGCCGCCGUAGAUGCUAGCAUUGUAGUCACUGGACAGGGAUUUGUAACCGUAUUACAAGAAAAGAUUUUCAAAUUAGCCUCCCCCGCUCCACCCACAUUGGACUGAGAGAACAGUGUGCUGGGGCCUAUCACUGUACAACAUGUGUAUUCGUGGGUGGUUGGUGGUGGUGUCUCAGUAGCAGCCUGCGCCGAUGUGUUUGGUAUCGUGGGCCACCGUAGGCCCGACUCCUGUGUUGUCAUCAGUAGCAGAUGUACUGCCCUAAAGAAGCUUGCUGACUCACUAGACGGCUGCUGGAAUAUUCUCCUGUGGUACUGUGACAGAAACCGAAAGCCAGUUUUCACUAUUUUCUACAUUGACACAGAUUCCAAUAAAUGUAUUUUUUCACCAUG